AGAAAAAAAAAAAGAAGGAAGGAAACUCUAGAUAUCAUAUUUCCCAAUCCACAACACACACACACCCAUCUACACACACACACACAUAAUAUCCCAAUUGAAUCCAAUUCCUCUUCUUUCGGCCACUUCUCACUCCUCUCCUUCUCUCUCUCUCUCUCUUUAUCACUGACUCUCCUCUCCUCUCCUCUCCCUCCUCGUAUUACCACUGUGUCUUGUAUACAUUUGAACUUGAAUUAAAGCGCUGAACUGUACUACUAUCUCCAGCCUGUAUCAUCACAUCCUUCCCUCUUCCUUUCCUUCUUCUUCUUCUUAUUGAAAAACAUGGCCGAUCAUCACCAGAAACUCAACCAGUUCCUCAGCCAACACCAACAGCACACCCAUUCACCACCACCCUCAAACUACCUCAACCCAAACCAGCCAACAGCAACAACCCCUUCGAGGUUCCUCACCAGCUCCCCCCUCCCCCCUCCAACCUCAGCCUAUGCACUCGUCUCACUCACCCGCAACUUGGGCACCCCAACCAGCGACCUCAGAGCCACCAGCCCAUCAUCCAACCUCAACUACCCUCCCGACCCCUCCUCCGACCACCAACCCAUCAACCAGCAUCAGCCUGCACCCCCCUCCGAGCCGAACUCAUCCUCCUCCCCCGCCGACUGGAACCAUCAGCAACAUCCCUCAGAUCACCACCUCUUCCUCCACUCCGAUUACCUCAAACCUGCUCUCCCAGGCGUACAGAACUUGCUCAGCAACAACCAUCCAUCAUGCUUCUGGGCAAUCCUAGACGAUCAACUCAAACUCGUUUUCUUAGAUCCAUCCGCCUUCCCAAGCACCAAGACCGAUGAUCAAACCAGAUCGCACCUCAGUUUACCACUCGACCAACUCAUCUAUCCGCCCCACCUGGACCGCAUCCGCAGUCAUCUCACCAAACUCUCGCCCCGAUUGCCGAUCCCUCCCAAUCCUCCUCAUCCGACCGAUCGCUCGGCUGCUCUCAAUCCCUCCCCCGAGACUCUCGUCGGUCGGUCUCUGUGCGCCUCUAGGACUCCCGUUCGCUGCAGCCUCCUCCGACAUGCCCAGCUUGGCCGCUUGCUACUGGGAACAUCAUCAGAUUCCAACAGUUCAUCCUCCUACCCCACUGAGGUGAGCCCCCACCUUAACCUCUCUGAUAUCCGCACAGCCCGCUUGCCUGACCUCUCGUCCGAUGCACUGCGUCUCCUGCAAGUUCAGUCAGAUGAUCGGUACCAUCCAACGGACUUACUCCUCCACCCGAUCCCUCAUGGCCGAUUCCUCGCCUUCUUCCAUUCUCAACAACAACCUCCUCGACCUGAGUCUCAUGGCAACCCUCCUUACUCUCCUUGGAUUACCAGCACCGCCAACAACAACAACAACAACAACACCACUCCGUCCAGUCCUUGCGGUCACAAGGAACUCGAUCCGGAGUCCAAUUACCUAACUCGGGAGGAAAUCGAUCAACUACACCUUGCACUCGCCCACUCACUCUCCACCACUCCUCCUAGUGGAUUUCAACCUACCUCCUUGGAAAGAGCCGCCUCCUCACAACCAGGUCCACUCGAAAUCUUCCUCAUCCUCGAUUCUAGGAACGCUCGAGUACUCUUCUCGCAUCAUUCACCCUCAACAAUCAAUCUCUCAGAUUAUCAGUUUGCCCCAGAAGACUAUGCCUACCUUGCCAUGCAAUCAAAGCAACACAAAUCGGUGGACAACGAAGAAGGAUCGGCUCACUCCAAUUGCUCACGUCAACUCACUGCUCAGCAUCGACUUGUCAAGGAUAGUACGGUGAUCAACAUUGUCCAGUCAUUUGUGAUCGAAUAUGGUAGUGUGACUUUUGCAUCAUUCAACUCCAGCCUACCCUUAUCCGCUUCACGUCCUCAGACGAUGAUCAAUCAACCACAACAACAGUCCACCCAUUCCAUCAUGGGCAGCGUCAAGCCUUCGCCACUCGAGCUCGUCCAUGACUCACGCCCGAUCCCACUUGAUCUCUAUUCGCCUACCUCCUCACAACUGGCCCACUCCGCCAAACGGCCUCGGACGGAUUCGAGUUCAGAAGUCUUGACUCCUCAGAGUGCCUGUAGUACUCAGAGUCAACCCUACAGCUAUCAGCGACCAUCCACCCAUCCUGGUCACCAAUAUUCCACCUUCAACUCUCACCAUCAUCACCACCAUCAUCACCACCCAUCCCCACAACUCUCCUCCUUAACCUCGAGUAUCUCGAUGCCCGAAUCGCCCGAUCCUUAUGGUGGUUAUGGCCAUUUCUCUGGAGAACUUUCGCCCACAAUGGCUUCAGCAGCUAAUGUACUCGGCUCCUUCCAUCGAGCACAUUACCACCAUCCGCAAUCCAUCCUUGCACUCCAAGACUCUCACCAUCACCAUCCCCACCAGAUCUCGCCCGCUUCAUCGACCCAUCAUUCCUCGAUCUUGGGCUACGAGAACUAUGGACUACAGAACCUCGCCUCCAUGGCAGCCUCGGCUCCAUUCGAUCAUCCUCAAUCUCAACCUCCUCCGCCUCCUCCGGAUUUCUCGUCCCAAUCAUCCGCCUCUUCUCCUCAUCAACCACAGUCAUCUUCCUCAGACUCGUACAUCAUCCCUUCCGCCCCUUCCUCCUCGCAACACCUCAGCCUCAACAAUCGCUCCUUCAGACCUCCUCCUAAUCCGAACGUCUCUGCUAAAGACUCUCGUCUAUCAACUGGCUCCUCGUCGCUCCCUUCUCCUGAUCCAACUACCAACGAGUCUACUCUCGGUUGUUUGGUCGGCUUGAACCAUCAUCACCAUCAUCAUCAUCCUUCUGCUUCUAAUCAUGAGUUCGGAAGACCGCCUCCUCCGCCACCGCCUGCCGAGUUAUUAUCAGCUCCCUCUUAUCGUUCAUUAACCUCAUCUUCUUCUUCAGUUAAUUCUUCUUCAAGAGAUCAACAACAUCCGAGAUCGUCUUCCUUUAUCGAUAAUCGGUUCCUCAAACGACCCCGAUCUUCCCAACUUGAUCCACUCGGUUCUCCGACGACUACUGGCACUCCUGUUGCUUCAACUGCCAAUGUAGCUCAUUCGGAUCCGGCCGCGGUUAGGUCUUGUACUAGUUGUGGGGCCCAGAACUCGCCCGAGUGGAGGAAAGGUCCAAAUGGCGUUAAGUCUUUGUGUAAUGCUUGUGGAUUGAGGUUCUCUCGAGCUCAAGCACGGAAAUCUAAGGCGCCUAAAAACUCUUCCAAUUCGGCAUCUAAUCAGCAACAGCAACAGCUUAAGAAACAGGGGCAUCAGCUUCAUCAACAGCAACAACAACAGGCGAUGAUUGGAAAGAAGAAACUCGUUCAUGCUCUGCCUCCUCCGCCUCCUCCUAUCAUCAAUGCCCCUUCGCCGACUACUACGGGGACGUCUGCGGCGACGUCCGCGGCUGCUGGGACUGGGACGGCUAGUCUCCCUAAUCAUCUGUUGCUCGUUAAUGAUGAUCCUAGAUUAAUCGUCGAUGGGUUUCAUCGAUAA